GUGUCGCGAAUGCGCCUCCGAGCUGGAUUUAAAAAGAAGAAGAAGAAGAUGGACCGUACCAACUGUCCCACCGCCGGCGAUGUGUCAUAGUUUCUUACACAUGGAAUAAACAAUACUUCACAUUACACUUGUGAAAGAGUGAUGGAUCCAGUUCACCCUCUGGAAACACUGCAUGGUAAUUGUGACCGUGACGGUGUUGAUGUCAUCUCCUGGGUGUCAGUUUGCCCUGGAGGCCUCUGGAAGAUCCAGCAAAAGCGAACAUGCAAGGAGAGUCAACAAACCGUGUCUAAUUCUGGCGAUGUCACAGCACGUUCAUCCAGUUACUGUCCAAGGCUGGGUUCACUGUGUCGAGUCCGAGUGCGGCUCAACGCGAACAUGGAUGAAACCAACAGUUCGGUAUUUGAUAAGGGACAUGAAAAUGAGUCAUUCGCCGAAGUCACAGAAGCCGCGGAAAACACCAUCCCGAGGAGUCGGGACUCGGCGCUGCAGGUCCCGCUGGGUGACUGGACCACGCUGAGGUUGGGGGAGGGCCAGUGCGACAUCACAGAGGCAUGUUUGGAGAGGAUGAGAGCCGGAGAGAAAUGUGAGAUUCUACUUUCACCAUUUGGAACUGGACCAGAUGUCUCCGUUCCACUGUCUGCAGAGCAACACCUGCCGUUAUGCGCCACAGUUGAACUCCAAGCUUUCACAGCAGGCAAGGAAUCCUGGCAGAUGUCUCCUGGUGGGAAAUGGGAUUGGGUGAAGUCACAUAAGGAGAGGGGUGGAGUGAGAUUCAGGAGUGGGGAUGUGUGGGGAGCUGCAGACUGCUACAGCCGAGCCCUCAAGCUCCUCAUCACUCUGUAUGGCCACGUUCGAGAGCAGGAGAAAAAAGGACAAGAGCAAGAAGCGGUGGAGCAGAGAGACACGAGCGGUGGUGAUGAAACACAGCACCUUCCUUCAGCUCACGAGUUCAAAACCACCAAAGCAGAGCUCCACUCGAACCUGUCUCUGUGCCAGCUGAAGCUGAGCCAACCAGAGCGGGCUAAGGCCAGCGCAUCGAAAGCCACAGAGCUGGAACCAGGUGGUGCUAAAGCCUGGUACCGGCUGGGCCAGGCCUGCCAGAUGGUGAAUGAGCUGGUGGAGGCCAAGCAGGCAUUUAGGAAACUGUUGGAGCUACAGCCAGAGUCACCUGCUGCGUUAAAGGCACUCAAGGACAUAGCAAGUAGAGAGAAAGAGGCAAAUGCACAGUUGGGACUGAGACUCAGCAAGAUGUUCAGCUGAGGAUCAAAUGUGGUGAAUUCAACAUCAGAUAUCAUAGUCAGCAGAGCCAUGAUUCACUAUUAACUGAAAGUGGAUCUAUGGGCACAUUGGAGUUUAAAAGUGAAUUGUUACUCUUCAGAUGCUUGUGUUUCUCCCGACUCUUUUUUGUAACUUCAAAAUAAAAGCACAUCUGAAACAUGUAUCUUAUACUUCUACUCCAAUGCUUUUGACAGCUGUAGCACUUACAUACAAACUUUCAAAUUUUACUUGCAACAUUGUUUUUCCCUUGCAAUUAUUUUAAUAAUUUUGUAAAUCAAGGAGAGUGAAGGCAUUACUUGGGCUCUGAGUAGUUGCUUGGGCAGCUCUCUCUAUUUUCAAACAUCAUUAGAUAUAGCCUCACAACUAUUAAGAUUUAGCUUCUUCUCAACUAAGUGCAACAACAAAAUGCUGCCUACAUGUUGAUGUGUGUAUCAUAUAGUAUACCUGCCACAGAGUCCAUUUUUCUGUAGUGCUGUUAAAUAAAAAUUGUAUAAUACACA